UGCAGCGCUGCGUGUUCCUGUUGUGGUCGGAAUGGAUGGUCCAUAUGACAUGCGUCUCUGAUACAGACUUAUUUACCUUCAAUGUACUCGUUGUUUUGUUGAAUACAUAUAGUUAGACCUUUCAAAGGUUGCGUCUUUGCCUAAAAAGAUGGUGUUUUACUUUACAAGCGCCGUUGUCUCACCGCCCUAUACUAUUUACAUGGGCAAAGAUAAAUAUGAAAAUGAAGAUCUUAUAAAAUAUGGAUGGCCUGAAGAUAUUUGGUUCCAUGUGGACAAGCUCUCAUCUGCCCAUGUAUAUCUAAGAAUGCCAAAGGGUACAACAAUAGAUGACAUACCAAAGGAAGUCCUGGUGGACUGUGCCCAGCUAGUCAAAAACAACAGCAUUCAAGGUUGCAAAAUGAACAACAUUAAUGUUGUCUAUACACCAUGGGGCAAUCUGAAAAAAACAGCAGACAUGGAUGUCGGGCAGAUAGGCUUCCAUCGACAGAAGGAGGUGAAAAUUGUGGCAGUAGAAAAGAAAAUCAAUGAAAUCGUCAACAGACUAGAGAAAACAAAAGAUGAGCGCUAUCCUGAUCUUGCCGCUGAGAAGGAAGCACGGGACAGAGAGGAAAGAAACGAGAAGAAGGCUCAAUUACAAGAGCAGAAGAAAAAGGAGAAGGAAGAAGUGAAGAAGAAAAAAGAGAUGGAAGAAUUAAGGAAUUAUACCUCACUCAUGAAGAGUGACAAAAUGACCACAAAUGAGGAUGGCUAUGAUUCAGAUGACUUCAUGUAAAGUAAAGGAAUGAACCUGCGAUUAAGAAGAACCAACAUCUUCCCCCACAAUAUCUUGCUUGUCAAAGGAAAGGAUGUCAUACUGCAUUAGAGACAUCAGAAAUGAGGCAUCAAUAAGAAACAGUACUUGUGCUGAUAAAGCACAAUACCAGGACCGUUGUACAACAGCUGGCUUUGUCAUUCCUUUGGAAAUACAAACGCAAUAUGUAAAAUAUGUAAAAAUAAAAUGACAAGAUAGAUUAGAUUGCUCAAUUAAUCCAGAAGAAUUUGAAGAUCUUUGCUGAUUCUGUAUUUUAAACAGUUUUGUUUUUGAUGCUUUUGGAUGAAUUAAAAAUACCCACUGUGGAGGUAUGUUAAUGGAUGUGUACACUAAGACCUGCAGGGUAUUUGUGCUUGUAAAUGAUAUACCUUUUUGGAGUGAUACCAUUCAAUGACAAAUUCCUAAACUUUUUUUCCUUUUUUGUUGUCCUGACCGAAAUAAAUCUUUGACUUUCUCAGUUCA